UCUGUUGUUCUCUCCUACAGUAACGUUAAGUCAUUUGCUAUGGAGACCAACAGCAACAGAAAUAGUGACAAAUCAUUAAAAGCGUUCUAAAUACCAAACUAAUAACAUGGCUGCUGUAAGGAAAAAUGGAAAAUCUCCCAUAAUGACCGCUGCCGUCAGCUGCUCCAGACUGCGGCAGGUCCAGGCUCUGCUGAAGGAUGAUGUAAAUACAGCUCCAGAUGGCAUUCUGUGUUCGCUGGGUAUUGACAGCCGCUAUAAUGUAGGAUGCAGUGAGCUGGCCAACUAUCUUUUCUGUGGCAGGUAUAAACACAACCGUUUUGACAUAGAGCAGAUCCCAGAGGACUUCCCAGAGGAAGUGCUAGAUGAUGUGAUCAUCCUUAUUAAGACCGAGUGUGUACAUCUGUACUGUAACCCUGUGAAUUAUGGCUACCUGCUUCCCUAUGUUUCUCACUGGAGGAACCUGCACCUCCACUGUUUGACCGAGACAGAGUAUGAGGAUGAAGAGGCGGCGGAGGAAUUUAAAAUAUCUAGUUUUGUCUCCAUGGUUCAAGACUGCAGGUGUAUUGGGAUCCCCUACAGUUCCUGUGGCCAUGUUCAGAAGUUUGACAUGUUCAUGUUGGAGAAAUGGCCAAUUAUUCAGGCAUUUGCAUUGGAAGGAAUUGGGGCUGGAGUGUUUUUCACCAUGAAAUAUAAGCUAACAGAUGUGAGUGAAAAACUCUCUCAAGUCUACAGUAGAUUGGACCCAGUGUCUCUGGACAGCCUUUUUAAUGAGGAUUUGCAGUUUUUUGAAAGACAAUGGAGUUCUCUUUUCUCCAGUAUGGACAUAGAGAGUGCACUGUCCAUGCAGGAGCUGUCAGAGGCACAAGUCGCUGAGCCUUUCAGGACAUAUUAUUCACAUGGUCUCAUUUCCAGUAAUAUCACAGACAAGAGUAAAAGCAGGCAGCCGUUUGUCUUGUUUGGGAGUCACUCAGCUAAGGAGGAUCUGGAGAAUUAUUGUUUCACCUUCCCUUCUGAAGGUCACCAGGUCCGCAACACUGGGCCCAGUGGGAGUGUUGCCAAGCACAUGCUACUACAGUGUGUGGCUCCUAAAGGGCCGCUGGCCUGUGCUCGAACCUAUUUCUUUGGGAGCACCCAUGUCCCUUACCUGGGAAAUGACAACACCCAGCAAAAGAGCAGUGGUCUCCAGCUGCUUUCACAAAUCUAUUCUGCUGCGGUUCAGUCUGUACUAGCAGGAAUUAAGUGUUUUUCUAUCAACUCCAGUGCUAGUAAGGCAAAGGAUGUAGCAGAGCAAACAUUUCAACUGGCCUUAGACAAAUAUGGGUUGAUCCAGAACAGGGGAGCUCUUAGGUCCAAAGCUGUGUUUAGCAUACAGGCUGUCAACAAUGACGGAACAAUUAUUCCUCUCGGUGACGAGGACAGUCGGUUUCUGGUGAAGACUGCGUCUAUGGUGGUGAAUGAUAUCCCAGAUCUCAAGAGUGGAUUAAACCUGGGAUCAAUAGUUUUCUCAGAGUCCUUUCUAGAGUCCAGCAUUUGCAUUCAGCAGAGAGAUGGCGCUCUUUCCUCAGACAAUGGUUUUACUGUCCUCACCAAAUCAGUUCCUCGUCAUGUCUGCUGGCUGGUAGAUGAAGCUGACGUGCGAUUGUCUGAACAGGCUCAACAUUUGCUGAAGAAGGAGGAUGGUACAUGUUUGGGCGUUCCUCUAACAGUGAAAGACUCUGCGUACAUGUUCUCUAACAGCCUUCUGUCUACACCUGAGGAAGGGAAGCUGGUGUUUUUCUCAGAGGGUAUCCUGUUUGUCCAUCCCCAUCACGGCUCCGUCACACUCUCUAUGAGUCAUAUCAACACCAUUAAACUCUUUGAUGGGAGCUCAUUGUCGGAUAUCUCAAUGCUGUUUGUAGAGUAUCAGACAUCUCUGCUUCCACACCUUCCAUUCCCUUUACACUGUGCUGAACACUCUCUGGCUAUCGCUCUGCUGCCCAGAACCAAGAGCUACAAAAGCUUCUAUUCUCAGGUGCUGCCAGCUUGGCGUAAGUCAGAUUCUGGGCUGAGAGUUCAACAUGUCCUCCAUGAUCAGCUGAGCCCUGAGCACAAGAGCAUGUACGUCAGACUGUUGAAGCUUCGGGAAACACAUCCUACUCCAGCAAGUACCUAUAGAGCUCAUUUGAAGACUGCUUAUCCACAGCUACCAGAGCAGGACAGAUUCCUUCAACAUUUUGCCAUCAGCAGUAGUUUGGGUGAAGAGUCUGUCUGUAGUGAGCACCUGUCCACCGUAUUUUCAGAUGAAGCCCCUGAAAAUACCGCACCCGAGCCUAAGAAAAAGGUGGUCCUUACCAUCAUCACUGGUUUACCGGGCAGUCAUAAGGAGAAUCUAUGUGAUUUCUUGGUGGAAGUGAAUCGGAAUACUAGCAGGUGGGAGGUGUUUUGUCCUACAAAGGAGGGCUCAGAUGAGUUCAUGGCACUACAUCUUCAGCAGUUCCUCAGCAGCAUUUUAGCCAAACAGAGAGAGACGGAACAGAUCUCCUCCAGAGUUCUGCUGCUUGUACCCGGGUACACGGAUGUGCUGGAUGUUAUCCAGGCUGUAACUGCUCAUCCAGAACCCCAAGUUCAAAGCAUUAUGUCAGUGGGGGCCGUCUCAGCCUGCAUCAACCCUCUCACAUCCUUUAUCAAACACAGGCUUUUCUUCCCGAAACUCUUGGAGCAGUGCAGUCAGGGCAUCGUCAGCAGUGUCGUGUUCACGGGUUUGACUGCCGAGCAGAAGCACCCGCUUCUGAAACACAUGCAGCAGAUAAUCCGUGCAGCCAAUCCAUGCACUGCAUUCAUUUUAGCAGAAAAAGGAGCCGUCAGAAGGACUGAAGAUAUGAGUCUUAUCCUGAAUAACAGCGGUUUCUCACAGUCUCAUAUGAUCAGAGCACGGUACCUGCUAUAUCCCGGCUGGUGGGAGGGCAGGUUUGUGUCUGGAAGUGGCUCUUUAUCUUUGUCUCAGCACUCCAUCGAGUUCAGUCGUCCAGUGGAGAGAGCAUUAUUUCUGCAGCAAUGUAAAGCUCUGAAAUCCUCCCUGAAAGCCAGUCCUUUCACGGGAAACAUCUAUCACAUCAGUGGGAAAGUGCUGUUCUCUGACAAUAACAGACCGAUGGUGGUCAACUUUAACUCUGUAAGUGGAGAUCUGAGCAUUGCUCCUGAUCAGGGAACUCACCAUAACCCACGGACAACAUACAACUCUAACCUGAUUUUUCAUGGAGUGGGGCUCAACCAGGAGGGACUGAAGGACUGGCUCCGCCAUUGUGCUAAACAGAAAAUGCAGAAGAAGAUUGAGAAGAACAAACGGACUCUCACCCCGCAGGAAUUCAAAUACAUUCAUGUGAAAAGGCACCUGGAUCCUCUUCCUCCCGGUUACUUCUACAAUGGUUAUCACUUUGUCAGUUUCUUUGGGGAAAAGCAGAAUUUCCAUCCUCUGAUGGACCAGUUCAUAGAGGAGUAUGUGCAGGAGGCCAAUAAGGAGAUUGACCGCUUCAACAAGGAGGUGGAUAUUCUGCCACAUGCGGAUCUCUUUGACCCCUAAUCCCCUCAUCUGAAAAAAUUCACUUCAAGGGCUGGGGAGGGGAGGUCACUGUACAAUCACUAAAGUCCACUAUCCAAUUACCUGCUCAAAACCGUCCAUUUCACAUAUCAGAAUGAGGGAUUUACCAUUGAGGGAUGGGAGGGAUUUAGCUCACAGACGGGGAAAAAAAUCACGGUAUAAUGAGAGAUCCUUUGUCCAACAUACAAUGACUGUAAAUAGUAGCAGUGCCCUUGAAGAAAUGUGAAACGUGAAGAAAAGUGAAACCGUAAUGCUGAGAUCUGUGUAAAGCCACAAAACACAAUCGAGCACAGAUGGGUCGAAUUUACAUUGGUUGUCCGGCUGUAAUUUCAGUGCCUACUAGACAUAUGAGCUGAAUUGUAAUGAAGUUUGUCAGCGUGGCCGAACGUGAUCAAACAGGGGAAGGCUCAUUUCCAUCCGCGCGCAUCUGGAAAGCGCACCUGCCCUCAGUCAGCAUCUGUCAAUCUAUCGACCUCCGAUGUGAAGAUCAGGGCAGAGGAUCUCUCAUUUGCUACAGCUCUCAUUUGACCCAUUCUGUAAUGAUCAACUAACUAUGACUCGGGAUGGGGGGGUUAGGUUUGCGGUAUGGAGCUUGUAUUGUAUUCAAUGUUGGAUUGAUGUGUAGCACAAGGAUUGGUGUGGUGUUCCGCUUGUGCUUGCCGAGUAUUGGUAUUGGCUGAAGCCUUAGCGUGUUUAUCUCACCCCAUACAUGCUGAUCUAUACUGGUCUGGUGACGUUCAGUAUUAUGGUCAUAUUUAUGCUCUGUUUUAGGGUGUAUGUCUCUAUGCAUGUUUACUCUUAAUAAAUCACACACAGAAGGGGGGCAGCAGUGUCUUUAUACAUGCAUACAAACACAUUAGAACUUUUGUCUUGAAGACAAGCCUUAUAAGACUCAACCAACGCAACUAAAGUCAGACACUGCUGGUCUUCUCUGUGCUGCAAUAUACAAGUGAAUUACUAUACUAGUUAAACACUAAAUGGGAUAGCAGCUCACCAAGCCAUAUUCACUCGAAGAGUUUGUCAGCUACUUUAGAGCAACGUAGUGUUACUGUUGCCAGGGGCAAUUUUUUUCCUUUGUUGCUAUGGAGAUUUACAAAAAUGGUAAAAAGCCGCCUUUUGUCUUCUGAGAUGUACGUCUCUUGGUACCUUGUCAGUAUGCAAGAGCGGUUGUACUCAAGGCUGCCCUGUUAUAGACGAACUCUGAAAGGACGUUGCCGAGGGUGUAGAUCCACUUUAAACCCACAAGGAAAGGAAAACAUGCUACGUGCUAAUAAGCGACAGAGCUUUAGAGGAAGCGGUUAGUUUACAAGCGAUCUGAUACACAAUCCCGAUGUGACCACACACGCUCUGAUUCGGAUAAAGCGGUGUUGCUAUCCGAGUGGAAAUCUACACGGCAGCUGUCCUUAAAGGGCACGGGGCUACAUAACACUUAUAUAAUGUGUAGUUCAAAGUAGCAGCCAUUUUUAGCACAUACUAUCUGCAUGUGUUAAGAUGUCUUAUCAAAGUUGUAUUUAUACUAACUGAAAUGCCUUUCACCAAACUGGAGCGACAAAGAGAGAAAUCCUUCGAUCUAUUUUUCAUAUUGGAAAAAGAACGAUUUAUGUCGAGAGAAAAACUGAAUUCUAUUUUUCUAAUACUGUGGAAUCAAUUCAAUUGGAGCCGGAUGAUAGUAUUCCUUGGGCGAAGCAGAUGCUCUCCCUGUGAGAGGGAUUUUGGCUGCUGCUGCAGAGCCUUGGCUCCGAGCGGGGGCAUCCCCUGGCACAGCCAAGCGCCAGUGUUGGUGAAAGGAUAUGAUUUUUUUCGUCUAUGUGAGUUUAAUGGGACAGCGGGGUCUUCUGAGUAACAGAACAGCACUGGAGGGCCACAGCAAAACUCAAGAAUGAGACAGACAGUUUGGCGUUCUUUGACGUUGGUAAUUUGGAAUGCCGUAAUCUGGUUUUUUCUUCUCUUUACAAAAGAGUCUAGUGAGGCCCUCCAGAGCCAGUUGCUGGUAUUACAUGCUUUGAUCCCCUUUGGCCUGCACAACUGUACCUGAGGAGCUGAAGUUAGAGGAACAAAACAGAGUUUGGUGAAGAAUUUGACAAUUCUAUGUCAAGAAUCUUAAAUUAACUGCAAUACUGUUGAACUAGGAGGGAUGGUUUUAUGUCUCCUUGCUUUUGGUUUUUUGAACAAAAACCUGGGUUUCUAAAAGGUCAAAUUUUUUAAGAGUUGCACUUUUUCUGAGACUGAAAUCAGAAUUCUGAGUCUCUACCUUGCAUUAGAUUAUUAUAAGAUAUUCAGACUAUCUGUGGUGAAGGCUCGUUCCUCACCAAAGCAUUUUACCUUGUCCGGCCCCCAAAGCCAGCUGAUUUUAAUCAAUGUUUAUACAGCACGUCUUGUGUUCUCAGGUAUUGUUGGCAACACCAGCAUAAAAAUGUUAAUUUCAAGCAUCCAUCACAACUGGCCUAGAUUUUGUUGUUGAUGAUGUGCCGUGCUAUAGGGGAAAACGGUAAAAUUAGAACAAACUAAAGGGCUAAAUGAGUUUAUUUCUGCCGUGAUGCUGAGGAAAAGCCUAAGAAUUCCUUGUAAAGCCUGAAACAAUGAAAUAGAAAAAAAUGCUGUUAUUAGCUAAAAAAUUAUUGCACAAAGUGAAAAAUGUAUAAUUGUGUGUUGGUGGUAUAAGGAAACAUUGAAUCUUUUUGAAUCAGAGGGAAAAAUCAGAAUUCACGUAAUUGAUUCCCCAGUCCUUACCUCGAUGUCAGAAUAUCCAAUUCUCAGAAUUCAUGAUAUCUAAGAUAUCUUUAUAACUGAAAAAGUUUUCUGAUUAUUCUACUUGAAAAGUGCCAAAAGUUCUUAAAUUACUUUUAGUUCUUUUUUUUUUUUUAAAGGGGAUAAACAAGAAACUGAGUGUUGCUUGCACAAAACUACUGUAACUCCUGUUUUCUCCUGUGACUGAUGCUUUUUCUAAUCUACAUUCUAUGUUGUAUUUAUGACUAAAUAACACAUUAAAAUAUUUAUAAGCUA